CCCGCCUCCCCGUCCAGCUCCGAGGAAAGAAGGAAGGAAGGACGCACCGCUCCAGCCGCGUGUGUGUAUUUUCCAGUCCGCAGCAGCAGUUACCGACCGUGCGAAUAUGUGAGUCCUCUCUGAGCACACUUGACUACUUCAGGGCGACCGUCGGAAAGUUCGGGUUUCCAGCCGGAGUUCGGGGGCGCGUCAGGAAGGUGGUGGAAGUGGUUUUUGGACACGGAGCGUGGCGAAAAGACGGAAGAAGGCGGCUUUUUCACACUGGCUUCUCGUUUGCCUCGACGGGACUGACGUAGAACAUGGCGGAGCAUCACCAGGUUUCCGACAGCAAACACAAAUCUGCGCUGAACUCCGGAGCGACGUACGCGGGGAACGGGCGCAGCAGCGCGGCGGCGGUGCCCGGCGGAGCAGGCGGUCUGUCCGGCGGAGGAGGAGGCGGUCUGUCCGGCGGCCUGUCGCAGCCAGCCGGCUGGCAGUCCUUGCUCUCCUUCACCGUCCUCUUCCUGGCCUGGCUGGCCGGCUUCAGCUCCAGGCUGUUCGCUGUCAUCCGCUUCGAGAGCAUCAUCCACGAGUUCGACCCCUGGUUCAACUACAGGUCGACUCACCACCUCACCACCAGGGGCUUCUACGAGUUCCUCAACUGGUUUGAUGAAAGAGCCUGGUAUCCUCUGGGUCGGAUUGUGGGGGGAACGGUGUACCCGGGCUUGAUGGUAACCGCCGGACUCAUCCACUAUGUGCUCAACCUACUGAACAUCACUGUGCACAUUCGGGAUGUGUGCGUGUUUCUUGCACCCGUCUUCAGUGGCCUGACCUCCAUUUCCACCUUCUUGCUCACGAGAGAGUUGUGGAACCAGGGGGCGGGACUACUGGCAGCCUGCUUCAUCGCCAUUGUCCCCGGAUACAUUUCACGCUCGGUGGCUGGCUCCUUCGACAAUGAAGGCAUCGCCAUCUUUGCUCUGCAGUUCACCUACUUCCUCUGGGUGAAGUCUGUGAAGACCGGAUCAGUCUUCUGGACCAUCGGAUGCUGCCUUUCUUAUUUUUACAUGGUUUCAGCCUGGGGAGGUUACGUCUUCAUCAUCAACCUGAUCCCUCUGCACGUGUUUGUGCUGCUGCUCAUGCAGCGCUUCAGUCGCAGAGUCUACAUAGCUUACAGCACCUUCUACAUCGUGGGCUUGGUCCUGUCCAUGCAGAUCCCCUUUGUGGGUUUUCAGCCAAUCAGGACCAGUGAACACAUGGCUGCCGCAGGUGUGUUUGUGUUGAUUCAGGUCUACGCCUUCCUGCAGUACCUGAAGGAUCGACUGACCAGGCAGGAGUUCCAGACUUUGUUCUUCCUGGGAGUCUCUCUGGCUGCCGGCGUAGUUUUUCUUUCCGUCAUUUAUCUCACAUACACAGGAUACAUCGCUCCAUGGAGUGGACGAUUCUACUCCCUCUGGGAUACUGGCUACGCCAAGAUCCACAUCCCCAUCAUAGCCUCAGUGUCGGAGCACCAGCCCACCACCUGGGUCUCCUUCUUCUUCGACCUCCAUAUCCUGGUCUGCACCUUCCCAGCAGGUCUCUGGUUCUGCAUCAAGAACAUCAACGAUGAACGUGUUUUUGUGGCGCUGUAUGCCAUCAGCGCGGUGUACUUUGCUGGCGUGAUGGUGCGUUUGAUGCUGACACUGACGCCAGUGGUCUGCAUGCUGUCGGCAGUGGCCUUCUCCAGCGUCUUCGAACACUACUUAGGAGACGACCUGAAGAGGCAGAGCCCGCCUACCGAGGACAGCAGUGACGAGGACGACAGGAGGAACUCUGGGAAUCUGUAUGACAAGGCUGGGAAGGUGCGUACACACGUGUCUGAGCAGGAGAAGGCGGAGGAGGGUCUGGGUCCAAACAUCAAGUCCAUAGUGACCAUGCUGAUGCUGAUGCUCCUCAUGAUGUUCGCCGUCCACUGUACCUGGGUCACCAGCAACGCCUACUCCAGCCCCAGUGUGGUGCUCGCGUCGUACAACCACGAUGGCUCACGGAACAUUCUGGAUGACUUCAGAGAGGCGUACUACUGGCUGAGGCAGAACACGGACGAACACGCCCGGGUGAUGUCAUGGUGGGACUACGGCUACCAGAUAGCUGGCAUGGCUAACCGCACCACGCUGGUCGAUAACAACACGUGGAAUAAUAGUCACAUAGCGCUGGUGGGCAAAGCCAUGUCCUCCAAUGAGACAGCGGCCUACGAGAUCAUGCAGUCCCUGGAUGUGGACUACGUCCUCAUAAUCUUCGGCGGUGUGAUUGGCUACUCGGGUGACGACAUCAACAAGUUCCUGUGGAUGGUUCGCAUCGCAGAGGGCGAACACCCGAGAGACAUCAGGGAAAGUGACUACUUCACGCCACAGGGCGAGUUUAGGGUGGAUAAAGCCGGAUCGCCGACACUCCUCAACUGCCUCAUGUACAAAAUGUCGUACUACCGCUUCGGCGAGAUGCAGUUGGAUUUUCGGACACCACCGGGUUUUGACCGGACGCGUAACGCUGAGAUUGGCAACAAGGACAUCAAGCUGAAGUACCUGGAGGAAGCGUUUACAUCAGAGCACUGGCUGGUCCGGAUUUACAAGGUCAAAAAGCUGGAGAACAGGGACUGCGUGGAGCACAAGCUGAGAAACACCAACUCCACGAAACAGAAGUACACCUCCAAAAAGACAUCCAAGAGGAAGCGGGGCUUCAUCAAAAACAAGCUGACCCUCAAGAAGGGAAAGAAACUGACCAAGAAGUCUUUAUAGGGCGACGUCCAGCAUCUACGGAGGCACAUUGUGGACAAAACUAAAAAUCUAACUUCCAACAACAACACGCUAUAAAUUAACCAGUCAAGAAGAAACGGGAACCUGAGGUUCUUUUCAUCCUGAGCGUCUUCACCUGGAGCUCCAGGCUGGACAUGUGACAUCAUCCAGGAAAGGGCUGUAUGUACAGAACCCUGGCCGACCUUUGGCCUGAAACAGGAGAUGGAGCAAUGGCGGCUAAUCCUCUGCACACUGGUUUGAACCUGAGAAACUGCGACCUUUGACUUAUAUUUCUUUUUGUACUUGAAUGUGCCGGUGAGUGAGAGAAGGCAGCGAUUUGUUAAUCUGGGAGGUGAUUUUGGGACGCUGCCGUCAUGCGGUCUCCAAACAAAUCACAUGUUCAAAGCCCGGCCUCUUUUUUUUUUUUUUGACAUCUAAACAUUAAUUUGAAUGAAAAAUAAAAGCUGACCCUCAUCUGCCUGUUUAA